AUGUCGUCUGCCUAUUACGCUUCGGGGCGGUCACAGCAUUCGCAGUACCAGCAACAACAACCGCAGUACCAGCAACAACAACCACAGUACCAGCAGCAACCGCCUCCGCAGCUGCCCCAGCUCCACGGCCGCUUAUUAGCCCAGUAUCAAGAGGGCAUUGCUGAUCCCGAUGAGAUCGUCACAGAUGCUCCCACCGAGCAGUUCCGGCUAGGUUACCUGGAUGUGACCUGCUUGAUCCUCAACCGCAUCAUCGGAACGGGCAUCUUCAACAGCCCCAGCCGCGUGGUCAAGGGCACCAAUAACGUCGGUGCCUCCCUCUUCUUUGGGCCGCCGGCAUCCUUUACGGCCUGUCCGGCGCGCACGUGUACGUCGAGUGAUCUCAACUAUCUCCAAUACGUAUACCGCAAGCCCCGGUACAAGAAAGACACCGUCCUCUACUUUGGCUGCCUCUACGGCAUCUCCUUCAUCUGCCUCGGCAACAUGGCCGGCAACUGCAUCAGCUUCGCCGUCCGCGCCCUCCAGGCCGCCAACCCCGGCACCGCCCCCGAGGACUUCAGCUCCCGCUCCGUGAGGGGCAUCGCCAUCGCCGUCGCCACCGCCACCUGUUUCAUCCACACCAUCUCCCGCCGCGGCGGCAUCUUCAUCAACAACGUCCUCGCCCUCAUCAAGGUCGGCAUGCUCCUCCUCAUCAUCACCACCGCCAUCGCCGUCGCCGCCGGCGGGUUUCACGCCCGCGACGGCAGCGAGGUCCCCAACUACAUUAGCUACAACACGGGUCGCGGCUCCUCGUUCAAGAGCGUCUCCGACCUCGGUUCCGGCGAGGCCAAUGGCUACGCUCAGGCUUUCUUGUCCAUCGUCUUUGCCUUUUCCGGUUUUGAUCAGCCAAACUAUGUCCUCGGCGAGAUCAAAAGCCCACGUAAGACGUUCCCCGGGGAAUGA